GCCGAGAGGACAGGCCACUGGACUUGGGAGCGGCGCAGCGCGACGGUCUAUUCUCCACCCGCUGCCGCAGGCCGACGUCGGCGCCAAGCAAUCGGAGCCCCGGGGCCCAACGCGACGCCUCCGCUUCUAUAACCAACCCCAAGGUCAGUCCUUGAAUUCCCCCGGGGUGUUGGCCUCGCCUCGCGCGCCGGGGAGAUGGACCGCAUCGUCGCCGCCAAGUUCAAGCUCGGCCGGAAGAUCGGCUGCGGCUCCUUCGGCGAGAUCUACCUCGGUCACCGAUUCUCUCUCUCUCUUCCAAUUCCUUCCGCGUCUCGUCACGCUUUACACCGUGCCGACGAUUUUGCUGCUGCUGUUUCAGCUACGCACGUGGACACCUACGAGAUCGUCGCCGUGAAGAUUGAGAGUAGCAAGACGAAGCAUCCCCAGUUGUUUUACGAGGCAAAGCUCUACAACGCUCUCCAAGGGGGAAGUGGCAUUGCAAACGUUAAGUGGUGUGGUGUAGAUGGAGAAGAAAAUGUUCUUGUCAUUGAUUUGCUGGGUCCAAGCCUGGAGGAUCUGUUUGUCUACUGUGGCAGGAAGUUCUCGCUGAAGACUGUCCUAAUGUUGGCAGAUCAGAUGGUUACAAGAAUAGAGUUUAUGCAUUCCAAAGGUUACUUACACAGAGACAUUAAACCAGACAACUUUCUGAUGGGUCUUGGUCGGAAAGCAAAUCAGGUAUACAUAAUUGAUUUUGGGCUUGCAAAAAGAUACCGGGAUUCCACUACGAAUCGCCAUAUUCCUUACAGAGAAAACAAGAACUUAACUGGCACUGCACGCUAUGCAAGCUGCAAUACCCAUCUGGGAAUUGAACAAAGUCGCAGGGAUGAUUUGGAAUCUCUUGGCUAUGUUCUUCUGUAUUUUCUCCGAGGAAGCCUCCCUUGGCAGGGACUAAAGGCUGCAACAAAGACGCAGAAGUAUGACAAGAUAUGUGAGAAAAAGAUAUCAACUCCUAUUGAGGUCUUAUGCAAAUCCUGUCCGGUGGAAUUUGCGUCUUACCUCCAUUACUGCCAUUCAUUGACAUUUGAUCAGCGCCCUGACUAUGCAUUUGUGAAGCGCCUUUUUCGUGACUUGUUUACCCGCCAAGGUUAUGAGUUUGAUUAUGUCUUUGACUGGACAGUUUUGAAAUAUAAACAAGGCCAAAAACAAAAGCAUGGUCCUGGGGCACCUAUUACUCGACCAAUCCCAACAGAUGUCCACAAACAAGCAGGUGUAAAUGGUGUUUUUCAUCAUAACGAAGCACAGGCGCAUGUGGGGACAAACCAUCCAGCAGGGACAGCUACACAGUUGCAAGGCAAACAGACAACUGACAAAGAUCCCAAUUCAAGUGGCCAGCCUCCCCAGAACCUUAGACAAGACAUGGAUGCUGGAAAAGCGCAGCUGACAACGUCUGUUGCUCUUCCUAGUUCCUGGUGGAGAGAUAAUGGUAGUUCAAGACAAAUAGGGCAGUUUGAUGCUUUUCAUCAUAAUCAGGGUUUUGUGAGCAUGACUAGCUCAUCAAGCAAUUGGCUUCCUACAUUCCAGCACAAUGCCCCAGCAAAGUGACAGAUCAUCUCUCUUGUGGAGCAAAGAGGAAAUGCUUAGAGUCAGAGACCCCUGUUCUCUUGAGGUGGUGAUUUGGAGUCAAGUAUCACAAAGUCAAUGUAGACAUAAUGAUGUCUAAUGUAUGUUAGUAAGGUGUGGUUACUGAUGCGUUGGAUGAUGAUGCUACCUGCUAAUUAUGCAAGCAUUAGGUACUGAAGAAGCUCAACUGAACAGGAGCAGAGUACGUUCCUCUUAAGUAGAUGUUGUCUACAUUGGGAUAUCCAGAGCAUAUUAAGCAGGUCGCUGUGGAAUGGUUCAAGUAGUAGCCAAAGAAAAGGCACGAAGGGGGGUGAGGUAAUUGAAGACAUGGGAGGUGCUAUAAUCACUUAUCUUAUUCUGGCAGUGUAAGUUUCCAAUUCUUCUGGAGUUCUGGUGAAGCUUUAGAAAAACUUGCUUCUGGUGAAGUGUCUACUUUGAUGGAACAUAGUUUCAUUAGAACGAGUAACUAAUGUUUGAGCUUUGGAUCUUAGGUAUAGUGUCCAAUUCGCUGGUUUGCUAGCACAAAAUUGACUCAGGAUAGUUAAUGAAACUUUCUGGCACUCCAAGUUUCCAUGUCAAUAGCAUAAGAAAAUUUCUUGAGACUAUCUUGUCGUGUUGGCCAUCCAGCCGUUGGAGUUGGGAGUCACAACUUAGUUACUUGCUUGGUUGUGUUGUCGUGCUGUAUCAUUUCGUCAGGCCUUAGGUACGGAGGAAAAUCACUUUUCUAGUGCUACGUGGCAUACUCCAUCUCGGGUAACUUGAUUGUUUAUGAUGUAUCAAACAUCUUGUUUGUCAGUUGAAAAGGAAAAUGAAAUAAAAUAAACCAGUCUGUCAGUCAGAUUUUGCUAUCUUAUUCCUGUGUAUUUAUCUCCGGUAACUUCAUUGUUUAUGAGUACCAAAUACCUUGUUGCUAGCACCGUGUGAAUAUCGUGGUAUAAUGUUUUUCCAAUGCCUUGAACAUAGGCUGCAUUCAUGUCUCUUGAAUUGUGGAUCACUUAUAAGUUACUGACGGUCGAGAUGCAGUCAUUUUGUAUAUGCAGUUAUCAGUUGCGUACAUUUUCAUUGUUUGCUGUCACUAGCUAUGUACGCUGCCCGAAUGGCUCCUUUGCUGUCUUGAUCUGCACCUUGCCAUGCCAUCGGAGUUUUCGCGGUAGCAAAGAGAAGGUGCUCGGCAGGAACAGAGAAACUGUUAUGUUAGUUUGUAGCGCAAGUGCAGUUUUAUUUAUUGUGCUAGUGACUGUUAUUCUCAAUGCAGCCUAUCUUCUGUGCCAUUCGCCACUUGGAGCAUUUCCGAUGUCCAUGCUAAUGGUUUGCCGGAAGCACUGUAUUUAUCCUUUGUUCUCUGGUACCUUCCUAUGUGUUCUCCUCUGACCUAUAUCUAUGCACAGGGGCGGACCCAUGUUAGAGCUAGAGGGUGUAUAAGAUACUGUAAUUUUUUAUUUUUCAGUUAUUCAUCAUAUGUAUCAGUUAUAUAUGAUAUCUUCUAGUCUAAUAAAUGAGACACUCGAACAUCUAGUUUAACAAGUGGGACACCCUAA